CACAGGCAGCCAGUGCUCUCAUGUUGGCACGGACACCUAGUCUCCCUGGCUUAUGUGUAUGAGUGAGACCCAAGCUUUUCAGUUCUCUAUCAUAUGGGUACAGUUUAAGCUGUGAUAUACGAUGCAGUUAUUCAAAGUGACGGUCAUAGAAGAGUAGUUAAUUCCACUGUAUGAAUCAUGAAAGGCCGGAGGAUUAUAGAGUCACUGAAAUCUACUGUGACUCAUCGUCUAGCUCAGUUGACCGGUAAUGCAUUCCACAAUAUUUUUGAGGCAGAUUUGGCUGAAACAGCCUCUCAAAGAAAAUGGACCGGAAAUAAAAGAAAACGUAGUUACUCUUGUGAUAAUGAAGAACAGGGGGUCCUAAACAAAAAGGCAAGAGUUAGUGACUCUAGAACGGACAACAUUAAUAUACACGGAAAACGGACGCUAGAAGAUGCAGAGGAAGGUAUCGAACAAAAAAGAAAAAGACCUAGUGAAGACAUUGUUAACUGUAAGACCCCAGACUUCGUUAAUAUCAAUCACACGGAAAGCAAAGAUGACAUGACAGUGACAUAUUUUUACGGAAGUCAUUACAUGCUAGAUACUUUAAGGAAAUAUUUCCGCACUUUGCCGACUACAUGUUGGGACCAUUAUAGCAAUAGCUUACUGAAUGUUUUAACUGGUGUUUCAAGGAUACAAAGUUUAAAUAAGGAAUUCUUAAACUAUGUUAUACAAUACAUUGCUUGUGAUAAACUUGAAAGUUUUUCAACUAAAGCAAUCGAACCUUUCACAAGUGACAUUGCGGAUAUAUUUUACACCCAACUGAAAAACUGCAGAAACUUAUCAUCAUUAGAAAUAACCUUUAGGCCAGAUGGCGACAGUCAUCAUGUCAAGAUGCUGAUGGCCUUUCAAAGAUUAAGGCAUUUGCAGUUCUUGUACCUUGUUCCUAAUACAAAAUAUUCAUACCACUGGAUUUUCGAUGAAAUUGCACAACACUGCUCAAAACUCCGAGAACUCAAAAUACUUUAUGAUGGAGAUAACUUAUCUGCAAACCAAGGAAUUGUAGUGUUGAAGUCGUGUCGCAGCCUAUGCGCUCUCUGGCUUUUCAAUUAUGGGAGGAAGAGUGAAACAAAAUCUUUAGCAGAACUCUUAAAAACAUUGGUCAAUUUGAAAGUUCUCUUCCACAAAGAACUGCCAAAUGCAAUCCUUGAUUCAACUAAUAACGAGUCGUACGAUGAAAAUCAUCUGAACAACCUACUAACAAAUGAUUUAUGCUGUCCAGACAGUAUAGGUUACCUAACUGAAGGAAAUGGCGAGUCUAGACAAGCGUUAUUCGGUUUGGAGCGUGUGGACUUGUGUUGGUACUUGGAAAGCAUAGGAUACCAAUUGAUCUACAUACCCACUUCAUACCUCUUGCGAAUAGCCCAGACGUGCCCUAGAAUAUCACUCAUCAACCUUAUUGGAAGUACCUGCUUAUCCCAGAUCAUUGCAAAGCUGCCUAACCUUCAGGCUAUAGUGCUGAUGCAGACUAGCUUUGCCCUGAGUAUGAGGUGCACACUGAAAAACCAAGGGAUGGAAAAACUGACUGUCUUACGUCUGUCGGAUGUUUGGGAUAUCACAUACGACAUGAUCUCCUACCUAGCACAUUCGUGCGUCAAUUUACAGAUUCUAAGUAUCAGCUGUUCUAGUCUGGAAGCGAGAGGUCGGUUAGUUUACCCACGGAAAAGACCACCGUUUGGACAGCUUCGUCACUUGACACUGGUUCCAGGCCCUCUAGAAAAUCGUCCAUCGCUCACUGCACGUUCUUCCUGGGAGCUAGGCUCAGAGCUAACUAAGUACAUUUUAAAGGAAACCUCGCUGAUUUCUUUUAUUCAUAUCUGUUACAAACAAGACGACCUUCCAGUUGAAGAUACACCAACAGAAGCUCUCUUGGAGGAAGUUCUGUGCGACCAUCGACCAAAUUUACAGUCACUUAUUGUAGAUUGGCCUCCAGCUCUAUCCACUGAUUUUGUCAGAAAUGUUGUAGAGGCCUCUCCUGACCUUUACAAACUUGGAAACCUUACUACGUGGCCAUUUACAAGUGAUCAGCGAGCUCUCCUUAUCACGUCAUAUGGUCAUGUUAUAGACAUAUCUUGACUUUUUCGGUUAGGUCUUCAGACUCACUGUAUGUAAGACUAAGAAUAACUUAAUUUCAGUUUUAAGGGUAUUUAAGGAAGAAUUCAAUGACAAAUUUCCAGAAAAGACAACCCGUUACGAGAGAGAGAGAGAGAGAGAGAGAGAGAGAGAGAGAGAGAGAGAGAGAGAGAGAGAGAGAGAGACUGAUCUUUUAUUAUCAAGAACGCAGUUAAUCUGUCUUUAAAUAAUGAUCUAGAUGCUUAUGAUCUGUUCCGUUAAAGUGGAUAAACGAGAUGUGAAUCAGUUUUCUUUUCUUGUCAAAAUACCAUAUAACUUUUGUAUUAGAUAUAUAUUUCCACAAUAAACGACUUAUUUAUAUAGAUUA